AUGUCGGCGCGCCUCACGUCCCAAAAAACUGCUGAAUCGCGUGUGGGCAAUCGAGUAGGUUUAUCCACUCUUCGAGCUUCAGAGCUUCCAGAACGGACCGAUGUGAGACGCUGGCGAUUGCUAGCCGAUAAAGGCCGCCACACAUGGCAUUAUCUAGAAAACGAUGACCAAUUGAAAGAAUGGCCCCAAAGUAUCGCUGAUAAGUAUUUUCUUGGUCUACCAACAGAUCUUCCUUCACUACCUACGCCCCAAACCGCCCUUGAUUCGGUUAAAAACUGCCUUGAAUUCUUUCAACAUCUACAACUUAGUCCUGGAAAUUGGGGAUGUGAAUAUGGGGGGCCUAUGUUCCUGUUACCUGGCCUUGUGAUCACAUGGUUUGCUACCGAAACAGAAAUUGCAAGUCAUAUUGCUAUCGAAAUGAAGAACUAUAUAUUUAGUCGUGCAAACCCAAAUGAUGGAGGAUGGGGACUUCACAUUGAAGGAGAAAGCACAGUAUUUGGCACUACCAUGAACUAUACGACACUCCGUAUACUUGGAGUCGGCGCAGAAGAUCCGCGUAUGAUCAAAGCUAGAGGUACUCUACAUAAACUCGGUGGAGCGAUAGGUGGCCCCCACUGGGCCAAAUUCUGGCUUAGUAUUUUGGGGGUUUGCGACUGGGAAGUGGUUAACCCAGUACCCCCAGAAUUUUGGCUUCUUCCUGACUGGGUUCCAUUCGCUCCUUGGAGAUGGUGGGUUCAUAUGCGGAUGGUAUAUCUACCCAUGUCAUUUAUUUGGUCCAAAAAAUGGACAUGUAAAGAAACACCGUUGAUACGUGAGCUACGGCAGGAGCUGUUCACAGAACCCUAUGAAUCGAUUAAUUGGGCGGCUAAUCGCAAUACAAUUGCUCCGACGGAUAACUAUUAUCCCAAGAAAUGGCUCCUUCGAACGGCAAAUUGGUUACUAACUAGAAUUUAUAUACCAUGUUUCAGAAUUGACUCACUUGCUAAGAAGUCAGAGGAGUACGCCUGGAAGCUGAUACAAAUGGAAAACAAAAAUACCGACUUUUCUAAUCUUGCUCCAGUUAGCUUCCCUAUGAAUUUAAUUGUCGCAUACAUCCAAGAGGGGCCAGAAGCUCAUUCUGUAGAAAGACACCGAGAUCGGGCUGCCGAUUAUCUUUGGAUGAAAAACGAAGGAAUGUUAGUCAAUGGUACCAACGGAGUACAGUGCUGGGACACUGCACUUCUUAUUCAAUCGGUGAUAGAAUCAGGUCUCGCUGAAGACGAAAAAUGGAGACCAAUGCUACUUAAAGCUCUUGAAUUUUUAGAUGAUCAGCAGAUGCGGGAUAAUGUUGAUGAUCAAUCGGCCUGCUACAGGCAACAGAGAAAAGGAGGGUGGGCUUUCAGUAAUAAGAUUCAAGGCUAUGCUGUCAGUGAUUGCAUAUCUGAAGCUUUAAAAGCGGUCAUGUUAUUGCAAAGAACUAAUGGCUAUCCCACUCUCCUUGAAGACCAACGCAUUUUUGAUGCCAUUGAUACACUGCUAACCUAUCAGAAUCCCUCUGGAGGCUGUGCUUCCUAUGAACCAGUUCGAGGCCCAGCAUGGCUUGAACUUUUGAACGCAGCCGAGGUUUUUGGUAGAAUAAUGAUAGAGUAUGAUUACCCUGAGUGCACAACAGCAGUAGUAACGGCGCUAUCUACGUUCACCAAGUACUAUCCAGAGUAUCGUUCUGCUGAAAUUAAGUCAUUCAAAGACCGUGCUGUGUCAUACAUCAAAAAGGCCCAAGGAAAAGAUGGCUCUUGGUAUGGUAGCUGGGGAAUCUGUUUCACCUAUGCUGGCAUGUUUGCUUUGAAAAGUCUGGCGAGCAUUGGCGAAUUUUAUUCCAAUAGCCCACAUUCCCGCUUGGGAUGCGACUUUCUAGUUUCGCAUCAAAGAGAAGACGGGGGUUGGUCAGAAAGCUACAAGUCGUGUGAGACUGCAACCUAUGUCGAGCACACGGAUGGCUCACAGGUUGUCAUGACCGCCUGGGCAAUAAUUGGACUUUUGAAAGCCGAAUACCCUGAUCGUUCGAUCUUGCAAAGAGGUGUCAAGUUCAUAAUGAACAAGCAACAGCCUAAUGGCGAAUGGCUCCAAGGUGCAAUAGAAGGUGUAUUUAAUAAGAGUUGUAUGAUUUCAUAUCCGAACUACAAGUUUAUAUUUCCCAUCGAGGCGCUUGGAAUGUACUCUGAACGCUAUGGUAGCGACUUAGUUUUGUAG